GGGAGGACAGUUAAAUAAACAAUGGAAUUACAUAUUUAAGUUUUGCUCUAAAUUGUUACAUUGAAAUAGCUAAAUAAAGCUACCUGAGGAAAUGGCUACCGAUGAUAAAACAAAGCUGAUCUUGCAUGUGGACCAUUUGUACAAGAUCAAAUUAUUUCAUUGCCAUGAGCAUAAUUGUUGUGAAGGAAAUUUAGACCAAUUUCUAACUGGAAAAGAAACUGCAGAAGACAUUGACAAAGUACUAAGAGGAUUAAUAUACCUGUCUCAGCGAAAUCAAAUUCUGAAGACGGUUUGCAGCGAAUAUUUUGUUGUGACCUUUAACAGAAAACCUUGGAAAAUUUCUCAAAAAAUAACAUUUAGGAAGAAUGGAAAAGCACUGAAGGUAUAUCCUUUCUUAUUUGAAGUAACUUUGACUUGUAAGAAAAGCUACCUGAAAGUAAAGGAGAAAGAAACAGAGCAUUGUUUAUCAGAAGAUAAUAAAACAACUCAAAAAUCCAGCACAAGAAGUUCAAGGAGGGUCCAAAGUAGAAGCAGUCAGCUGUCACAGGAGCAAACCCAGAAGGAGGAGGCAAGAAGUCAGAAUGACACACGAUAUUCAUCAAUAUUACGGAAACGAAAAAAGCCACUCAGAUGCAUUCCAUCUCGCCAGUGGAAACCAAAGAGAAAUCUAAGACAGAGGUCCCAUGAAGAUAGAGUUUCUGAAUUGAGCAUUGAUCAGAAUGUCACCUCAUCUUCUGAGGAUGAAAAUGAAGAUUCUGAUACUGAAAAGCAUCACCCCAGAAAAAAAGCAAGAAGGGGUACCAAGAAACCAAGUGUUGAACAGAAUUUGACCUCUUCAAAUUCUGAGGAUGAUCACAGCAAUUCUGACAAAGGAAGUGAAAAUGAUCCCUCAAGAAAAAGGAGAAAAAGGGCAAAAAGGAAACCAGAAUCAAAAGGAGACUGGCUGAAUGAAACUAGAUUCAUUGUUGUACAAUCACCAGAAACUCGCCUUAAUACCUCCGGAGACAUCCCUCUUAAUGUGCUCACAGAAAUGUCCGCCAAGAAAAGAAACCGAGGAAAUGAGAGUGUUCUAGAAAAAACGUACACUGGGAAAGGUGACAAGUCAGUGCAUAUGGGCAAGUCUUUCCACACAACAUUAAAUGUUGUGGAAGAGGAAGAUGGGCAAGUUGCAGAUAUAAUGGGCACAGCAAUGAAAAAGCCUAAAAAGAGCAUUAACACAACUGUAAAUGUGUCUGUUCUGGAACAGUCCUGCAGACAGAAGAAAGGACUUAACUUGUACAAGGGCACUGAUGCCCCUCUUCUGAAUCUGCCAAGUUUGGAAAGUUCUCUUGUUGAUCCACCCAAUGAUGUGACGCAGCAAUUAAACUUCAAAGACUCAUUUCUCAGUCCACAAGUGGAUUUAGGUUUAAAAGAUCAGAGGAAAAAUAUGAAUUCAUCUUUUACACCCUUGAGCAGGUUUAACAGAAUCAAUGAAGAGGAUGCAAGUAGAAAUAAAAGUGUCAACUUCCCUGUCAAAGACAGACAUUUAAUUGAAAGAGAAGAAAUUGCGGAGGACAUUAAACUCCAGGAGAUGUCAAAACCUGAUUCUGGUAAUAAGAAAUCAGGUGCAGGAAGACUGAGCUUCGGGAAGAAUCUGUGGGAGACGUUGGACACUUAUUUUAUCUCCCCUGUCAAAUCUAUAUUUGAAGGAAAAUAGAGGCUGAAAAUUGGCAUACUGCAUGAUAUUUGAUGUUUUAAUGGAUGAACUUGUUUUCUACAAACAAAUACAAUGUAGUGACAAGGAUUUUUAUGUAUAGUUUUAUAUCAAAUACUUGAACACUUUGAAAUGCCAGGAGACAUGUAUAGUAUGGUUGACUGAAACCCUACCAAAAAUCUUGUGAUUAAUGUCAUGAAUGGUCAGAAACUUGGCACAUGAAUUUUAUCUUUUUGGCAUACACUUUUCUGUGUUAUUUGAAGGCCACUCCAAGUACAUUAAAUGUAUAUGUACGGUAUUUUUCUAUGUUCAGUAUCCAACUUUUUCAAAAACCUUCCUAUCUAUUUGCAAAAAAAACGUUUCAAAAAGUAAAGCACUGAGUUUAUAGUCAUGAAAAUAAUGUCAUUCAAUAAAUUUGAUUUCAUAAAAUGUAUUUUUUGCCUAUAAACUAUUCUUUAAUUAAUAGCAAAGU